UUUAGACAGCGGAAGCUCGCCGCUUUCCGGGGCGUUUCGCGGCCGCGAGGAGCGGAGAGGCUGCACGCUGACCCCGGAAGGACUCGGGGCAGAGGCGCCCCCGCCCUUCGGCUCUGUGUGCUGAGUGUACGUUGGCUGCCUCGGCUACGGGUCCCGGGCAGGACCAGCGGUAGGUCGCUCGCUCGCUCGGCUGGUCUCGGCGAUGGCUCCGAAAGGCGGUAGCGGGGCCCGGCAGCAGUCGGAGGAGGACCUGCUCCUGCAGGACUUCAGCCGCAACCUCUCGGCCAAGUCCUCGGCGCUCUUCUUCGGCAACGCCUUCAUCGUGUCCGCCAUCCCCAUCUGGCUGUACUGGCGGAUAUGGCACAUGGAUCUUGUUCAGUCUGCAGUCCUAUACAGCGUAAUGACCCUUGUCAGUACAUAUCUGGUAGCCUUUGCGUACAAGAACGUCAAGUUUGUUCUCAAACACAAAGUAGCCCAAAAGAGAGAAGAUGCUGUUUCCAAAGAAGUUACUCGCAAACUUUCUGAGGCAGACAAUAGGAAGAUGUCUCGCAAAGAGAAGGAUGAGAGAAUUCUGUGGAAGAAAAAUGAAGUUGCAGAUUACGAAGCAACAACAUUUUCUAUCUUCUACAACAACACCCUCUUUCUCGUCUUGGUCAUCAUUGCUUCAUUUUUUCUGUUGAAGAAUUUCAACCCCACCGUAAACUACAUUCUGUCUAUAAGCGCUUCAUCUGGACUGAUCGCCCUGCUGUCUACAGGCUCCAAAUAGACAAAACAGUGGUCAUCUAUUCAUAGUUGUGGGUGGAUCCGAUUUCAUUAAAGACUUAAGGGUGGGAGAGAUAAACAGUCUGAAAACUUGAGCUUUUUUACAACAAUAAAUGUAAAGCAAACUUUGAA